AUGGGACGGUACAAUGCAACAAAAGAUGAACUUCGGCCAUCAGAGGAAGAAGCCAGCACUUUUACAAAAAUAAUUGAGGCAAUGGGUUUCACUGGACCACUAAAGUACAACAAAUGGAAAAUUAAAAUUGCUGCCCUGCGUAUAUAUACCUGCUGCGUAGAAAGAAUAGACUAUGAUGAGUUUUUUGAAAAAUGUAAUCUUCCUGACACACUUAAUUCUUGGUUCCUUGUGACACAACUCCAUGUCUGGAUGUGUAUGGUUCGAAUGAAACGGGAAGGGCGAGAGGGAAAGUACAUGUGCAGAUUCAUUGUCUACUCCAUGUGGGAAGAUGCUGAGCAGCGUGGGAAAGUAAUGGGGGUAGGUUAUUUUGCCUUUUUCAACAAACUAUUUACUCAUCUGUUGUUUUCAUUGUAG